AUGUGGUUUACUAGCAGUAGCAAGGAAAAAGAAUCAAAAGAUCAAUAUGCAACAAAUGCAGAUGAACUUUUUAAUACAUCGUCAAAUAAUUCAACUUCAUUGCAUUCUACAACAAAUGAAAAAGAUACAAAAAGACCAGUGAGUAGAACUCAAAGAAAAUUACAUAAUAGACAUAUACAAUUAAUUGCCAUAGGUGGAUCAAUAGGUACUGGAUUAUAUGUAACAAUAGGUACGACAGGUUUAGUAAAUGGAGGACCAUUAGGUUUAUUAUUAUCAUAUUGUAUAUCGACACUUUUAACUUUAUUAUUAACAACAGCUAUGGGAGAGAUUGUUUGUUAUGCACCAUUUGAUUCACCAUUCUUAAGUAUGGCAGGUAGAGUUGUUGAUGAAUCAUUUGAAGUUGCAGCAUCAGUUAAUUUUUGGCUUAUGCAAGCAUUAUAUGUACCUUUUGAAAUUACUGCAGUUAACACCAUUAUACAUUAUUGGAGAGACGAUUAUUCACCAGCUAUUACAUUAUGUAUACAAAUUGCCAUAUAUGCAGCUAUAAAUCUUUAUGCAGUUAGAAUAUUUGGAGAAUUUGAAUUUGUUUGUUCAUUAUUAAAAUUAUUAUUAUGUAUUGGAUUAUUGAUUUUUACCUUAGUAGCAAUGUGUGGUGGUGUUAAAGGUCAUAGUGCAUUUGGAUUUAGAAAUUGGCAUUAUGGAUUAUUUGCAGCAAAUUUUGCGACUGGUAGAUUAGGGCAAUUUCAAGGGUUUUUAACAAGUUUAAGAAUGUCAAGUUCUUUCACUUGUGUUGGUAGUGAAUAUUUAAGUAUGACUGCUGGUGAAGCUGUUAAUCCAAGACGAACCUUACCAAUUGCUUAUAGAACAGUAUUGUACAGAUUGGUACUUUUCUAUAUUGGAGGUGCAUUAUGUGUUUCAAUUUUAGUUAGAUAUAAUGAUCCAGGUUAUAUUACAGCAGCUUCUGAAAAUGGAAGCAGUCCAUAUGUUUAUGCUGCAAAAAAUUUAGGUAUAACUGCAUUACCUGAUAUUAUAAAUGCCGUUGUUUUAACAUCAGCUUUCAGCGCUGGUUGUAGUUAUACAUAUACUUCAUCAAGAUCGAUGUAUAAUCUUGCAUUAAAAGGUUAUAUUCCAGGUUUUUUCAGAAUUUGUACAAGCAGGGGUAUUCCAAUUUAUUGUGUAUUUGUUUCAAUCUGCUUUUCAUUAUUAUCAUUAUUACAAUUAAGUAGCUCAAGUGCAAAAGUUUUGAAUUACAUGGUUAAUUUAUGUACUGGAGCUCAAAUAUUAAAUUAUGGAUUUAUGUGUUUUAUCUAUAUUGGUUUUUAUAGAGCAGUAAAAGCUCAAGGAAUUGAUAGAUCAAAAUUUACCUAUAGAUCAUGGUUUCAGCCAUAUUCUAUUUACUUUGUGACUGUUAUGUAUUGGUGUAUUAUUGGUAUUUUGGGUUAUCCAGUGUUUAUGCCAGGUAAAUGGACAGUUGAUGAUUUCUUGUUUAGUUACGUCAUGAUAUUUGUCUCACUCGCAGUUUUCAUAUGUUGGAAAAUUAUUAAAAGGACUAAAUUCGUAAAGCCUAUUGAUGCUGAUUUAACUUCUGGAUUAGAUGAAAUUGAAGCACAUGAAUUUGAAUACUAUCAAAGUUUAAAAGAUAAGAAUGGGCAAGAGGGUAGUGAAGAAGAUGGAGAAGAACCAAGAAGUGUAAUUAAAAGGGUUUUCGAUUGGAUAUUCUAA